GCAAUGUAAAGGAAUGGGUCUCUUUGCAACCAAGCCUUAUGAAGUUGGAAACAGUAUUCUUGUAGAAGAGGCUUAUUCAUGGGUAACUUUUCGAGACAAUGGUCCAAAUAUUUGUCAUACCUGCUUCAAGUUCAGUAAGUCUUUAAAAAAGUGUAGUCAAUGUAAAUUUGCGAGAUACUGUGGAUUGGAUUGUCAAAAGAAGGCUUGGAAAGAGAACUCUCAUCGGUGGGAGUGCAAAGCUAUUGCCUCUUCCGUGGAAGCGAAAAUUCCAAGUAUCGUUCGUUUGGCAGCUCUCUUUUUGUUCCGCGCAUUGAAUUCCAACGAUAAAGAUAUCAGAUUGGUAGACCGUUGUCGUUCUUUUCCUUAUUCUUAUUCUAAUAUGGACAGCAGAAGUGAUGAGAAUGAUGUGGAUGUCUUAUCUCGCCAGCGUGUGGAUUGUUUAGUUGAAGAUCUUCUUCGUUUUAUUAGGCUCAGUCAUUAUCCUCAACAUGAAGUUUCGGAAUUAUUUGAAGACAAUUUUGUAGCCUCCUUGAUUCGUAUGUUAGAGAUGAACGCACACACUAUUUAUGAUAGUGAAUUGAAUACUUUGGGCGUUGGUUUCUUUCCCAAAGCUUCUUUCAUGAAUCAUGAUUGUCGACCUAAUUGUGUUGCAUUAUUUACUGGAGGUUUUCAUAGUGUUUCAGGCAAACCUAUAUCUAUACAUAUUCGUUGUAUUCGUCCCAUAGAAGCUGGUGAAGAAAUAGUUAUUAGUUAUUUGGAUGUUUGUUUAUCUUGGAUGGAUCGUUUGGAAUGGCUUAAAGAGCACUAUCAGUUUGAAUGCUGUUGUUCCCGUUGUAAGGAGGAAUCUUCGCUGACGAUUCAACAAUACAGUGAGAAGUUGGUCGAUUGGAAGUCAGACUGGAAAUUUAUGAAUCGAAUGAUAGUCCUUUCCGAACGAGAGGAACGUGCCAGUAAUAUGUUGAGAAGCUUUGAAUAUAUGAAUGAGGCCUGGGAUAAAUGUUGUUUAUGUAUUCAGACAUUAUAUCCCAACUCUCCCAUAUUUCAUUGGAAGCAAAUACAAAUAGCUUCUCGACUGAGUUAUCUAUGUAUCGUAUUGAAAAAAUAUUCACAAGCAACAGAAUAUCUUGAAUUGUAUAUGAAGUUGAUCAGAGAUAAACCUGAAUGGAAUUACUUUCCAACGGUAGCUCUUGAAAUGUUGAAACUGGGAAAGUUGUAUGCCUAUUUAGGGAAUUUGGCAUCAGCAAAGAAGUAUUUGGAAAAGGCAAAACGUAUUUACGCAAACCUUGUCGUAAAGGAAGAUCCAAUUUAUCAAAAUUGUGAGAAGGCUUUGUACAAAGUUAGCAUUGAAUAUGAUUGGAUUGUGCAGCAGGCAGAAAACGAUGUUGAUGGGCAACUCGGAAUUGCUUAAUGGAAGCUGUUAUGAAAUGGGAACUAGAAGUGAACAUAUUUAUGACUAUUCAAUUUGCAAAAUAAUCACAUUUUAUAUAUGAAUGAAUGAGCAAAAUGGUGAUUAUUGUGUGCAGAUACAAAAUACGCGGUUGGAGUUUUAAGAACACGAGAGAGUCGUUGAUCUUCUCAUCGAAUGAGAAAUGUUGAAGAGUCUAUCAAGUCUCUCUGUCAUAACAUACCAUAAUACUCCGCAAUGUACACUUCUAAUAACAUACAAAUCCUUGUAGGGGAAAGUUACAGAUGCAAUUCAAUGAGUGUCCAAAGUCAUUCCCAUCUUAACUUCUUGAGCUAGUCUUUGCGUAGAAAUGUUUUGUUAUCUCCAUAGAUGAAUUUCCUUACUUUUACCCAAUUGUAUAGGUUUUGU